AUGCAAGACAUCGCCUUCUUGUCUGGUGGCCGGGGAAAGGACAAUGCUUGGAUCAUUACGUUUCCAGAAAAUUGUAAUUUCAGAUGUAUACCAGAAGAAGUGAUAGCAAAAGUGCUCACUUACUUGACAUCUAUUGCGAGGCAAAAUGGAUCUGACUCCCGAUUUACCAUUAUUGUUGACCGAAGAUUGGAUACUUGGUCUUCUCUCAAAAUCUCUCUCCAAAAAAUCUCAGCUUCGUUCCCUGGGAACUUGCACUUGGUUUUGGUUCUGCGUCCUACCAGUUUUCUUCAACGAACUUUCACAGACAUUGGCUUUCGAUUUAGUCAGGAAGAUUUCAUGCUCAAAUUACCGGUUGUUAUGCUGAGCUCAGUUAGUGAUUUGCUGACAUACAUUGAUGACAAGCAGUUAACCCCUGAGUUAGGCGGCACCUUGCAGUACUGCCACAGUGAAUGGAUCAUCUUCAGAAAUGCUAUAGAAAAUUUUGCCCUCACAGUGAAAGAAAUGGCUCAGAUGUUACAGUCCUUUGGAACUGAACUGGCUGAGACAGAACUACCAGAUGAUAUUCCUUCCAUAGAAGAAAUUCUUGCAAUUCGUGCUGAAAGGUAUCACCUCUUAAAGAAUGACAUUACAGCUGUAACCAAAGAAGGAAAAAUUCUGCUGACGAAUCUGGAAGUGCCAAACGCUGAAAAAGCUGUCAGUUCAAGACUCGAUCAUCAUGAGCAAAUAAGUGGUGACUGGCAAACUAUUAAUAAAUUGCUGACUCAAGUACGCGAUAUGGAAACAGCUUUUGAUGGAUUUUGGGAAAAGCACCAACUAAAAAUGGAGCAGUAUCUGCAGCUAUGGAAGUUUGAGCAGGAUUUUCAAGAGCUUGUGAGUGAUGUUGAACUUCUAUUAAACCAACAAGCAGAGCUGGCAGAUGUAACAGGGAAUAUAGCGCAAGUAAAACAAAAAAUAAAAAAGUUGGAAAAAUUAGAUGAAAAUUCUCAGGAUCUGUUAGCAAAGGCCCGCUUUGUGAUAUUACAUGGACACAGACUUGCAGCAAAUCACCAUUAUGCGCUUGAUUUGAUCUGCCAGAGGUGCAACGAGCUUCGUUACCUAUCUGAUAUUUUGGUUGAUGAGAUCAAAGCCAAACGGAUACAGCUCAGUAGGAUCUUCAAAAUGCAUAAACUCCUACAGCAGGCUCGUCAGUGCUGUGAUGAAGGAGAAUGUCUUCUAGCUAAUCAGGAAAUAGAUAAGUUUCAGUCUAAAGAAGAUGCUCAGAAAGCCCUCCAGGACAUUGAAAAUUUUCUUGAAAUGGCUGUGCCCUUUAUAAAUUAUGAUCCUGAAACUCUACAGUAUGAAUUUGAUGUAAUUUUAUCUCCUGAACUCAAGGUUCAAAUGCAGACUGUGCAACUCAAGCUUGAAAACAUUCGAAGUAUUUUUGAGAACCAACAAGCUGGUUUUAGGAACCUGACAGAUAAGCGUGUGAGGCCUGUCCAGUUUGUGGUACCUGCUUCUGACAAUUUGAUAAGAUCUAGAGCAUCAUUUUUUUCACCUAAACAUGUGGGAGUUGGACACUCUUUCUUUCAAGCAUGUAAACUUUUUUCAAAAGGGAAGAAGACUUGGAGGCAAAAUCAGAGCAACUUAAAAAUUGAAGUGGUGCAUGAUUGUCGGGAGAAGAGAAGUUCUGGUCAAUCUUCCAGUUUGAACAAUGACAAUAGCUUGGAUGUUUUACAGAACCACGUCCUAAAUGAGCUGAUCCAGACCGAGAGGGUGUAUGUUCGUGAGCUGUUUACUGUUUUGUUGGGCUAUAGAGCGGAGAUGGAUAAUCCAGACAUGUUUGAUCUUAUCCCACCUCUCCUGAGAAAUAAGAAGGAUGUUCUCUUUGGAAAUAUGGCAGAAAUAUAUGAAUUUCAUAACAACAUUUUCAUGAGCAGUCUGGAAAAUUGCGUUGAUGCUCCAGAAAGAGUGGGACCUUGUUUCCUGAAAAGGAAAGAUGAUUUUCAGAUGUACGCAAAUUAUUGUCAGAAUAAGCCCAGAUCAGAGGCAAUUUGGAAGAAGUAUUCAGAAUGUGCCUUUUUCCAGGAAUGUCAAAGAAAAUUAAAACACAGACUUGGUCUGGAUUCCUAUUUACUCAAACCAGUGCAACGAAUCACUAAAUAUCAGUUACUCUUGAAGGAGCUGUUAAAAUAUAGCAAAGACUGUGAAGGAUCUAAACAAUUAAAGGAGGCGCUUGACACCAUGCUGGAUUUACUGAAGUCAGUUAACGACUCCAUGCAUCAGAUUGCAAUAAACGGCUAUAUUGGAAACUUAAAUGAGCUGGGCAAGAUGAUAACGCAAGGUGCCUUCAGCGUUUGGACUGGACACAAGAAAGGUGCUACAAAAAUGAAGGAUUUUGCUAGAUUCAAACCAAUGCAGCGACACCUUUUCUUGUACGAAAAAGCCAUUGUUUUUUGUAAAAGGCGUGUUGAAAGUGGAGAAGGCUCUGAUAGAUACCCGUCGUACAGUUUUAAGCACUGUUUGAAAAUGGAUGAAGUUGGAAUCACUGAAUAUGUGAAAGGCGAUAACCGCAAGUUUGAAAUCUGGUAUGCCGGGAAGGAAGAAGUUUAUAUUGUCCAGGCUCCAAAUUUAGAUGUGAAGAUGACAUGGUUAAAAGAAAUAAGAAGUAUUUUGUUGAAGCAACAGGAACUUAUGACAGUUAAAAGGCGAGAGCAACAUAAUCAGUUAACAGAACAGGAUCACCUUUCUUCACAGCAGAACAAUGAAAGGCAACGGAGAGCUUUCAUAGGCGCUGAGGAAACUGAGUCAGAACACCCCAGCAGUGUGGUGGAGGUUGGUGAGGCAAUGGCAUCGGUUCAGGCAGAAGCAAAUACAGUUUGGACCGAGACUUCAUCACCUGCAGAAAUCUCUGAAGAACCUCAGGAAUGGUCAACCAGUUAUUUCUACUCUUCUUAUGAUGACAAUGAAGAAGAACAGAGGCCCCUAAUGGUUGGUGAAAAAUCUAAACAGAAGAAAAGAAGGGCUGAUUCCAGGGAACAGUUUGCAGAUUUUAACCGGUGACUAUAGGUUUCGGAAUGCCAAAGUUACAGAUGCCGCUCUGAGUAAACACAAGGAAACUAAGUUCCACUUCAAUUAAAGGAGAAUGAAUAGACUUUUAAAAAUAAGAUUACCUUUGGAGGUGUGAACUAGAUUGUAUUUCUUAAAAGUGUUACAGAUAAACAGCCAAGAGUCAGGACGAGCCUCUGCUGCCCAUGACAUUCACAGAAUUUCCUCAGGACUGAGGUGGACUUCAUCAUUCCCAGUUUGUCUCAUUCUUGCAAGAAGCCAUCUUCACACCUUCCAUCCUCCCAGGUGAAAAGUGCCGUGUUAUUUUGUUUCCAAAUAGGGUUUUUCAUGGCAUGCGUUCAGAUUCCAUCUAAA